UAAACCGCCGCGAACCAUUUAAUCGAUACUCUCCAGCCGGAAUUUUGUUCGUGUCGGCGCGAUACUGUCGCAAGUUAGCGUGUCGCGCGCGUUUCCAUGGUGAGGAGUUCUAUUUUCUGUUGCGAGACCUUUCGCGUUAUUCGUGCGGCCAUUUCGGUUCGAAAGAUGUCGGAGACUGCAGUUCUGGCUGCGUUUUAUUACGUUUAAACAAGUAUUUCAUAGUUUUGGUGACGAUAUUAGUGAAACAUCGGUCAUGAUGCAACAGCCAGUGCCACAGGACCAAGCCAUGAGCAAUCAACAGCAGCAACAGCUGGCUCAACAACAAAUGGUCCUAUGCCCAGUCAGGGUGGUGUACGAAACACAAAUCCUAAUGCCUCCUGGGGAACAAAUGACACCGAAUCAAACAUAUUUUGUAAAUCCACAAAACCAACCACCAUGGGUGAAUCAAAGCGCAAUGUAUCCUCAGAACCAAGUCGUGUACGUUCAGCAAGCACCGGCAAACAAUAUUCAACCCUCAGCCCAGCCGACUAUGGACCAAACUCAAAUACAAUACAUACAGCAAGCAUACCCAACAAUGCAGCAGAUUGUCGCGAAUCAAAACAUGUUAGCACAGAAUAUGCAAGACAGGCAGAUGAUGCGACCAGUUCAAUAUGCCAACAUGAAUUUAAUGGGUGUCAAUCAAUAUGGACAAGUGAUAAAUAUGCAACAGAUGGCGAACAUUGGGCAUAACAUGUCCAACAUAAUUCAAUCUCCGAGUAUGAAUCAAAACAUACAAAUAAUACAGAAUCCACCAAACCAAAACUCUCCAAAGCCACCCGAUAUACAGCAAAAUGUUAACUUUAUACGACACUCAUUCCAACAAACUGAGCAAGGUAUGGUAAGGCCAAACAUGCCUCAACAAACAAUGAUGAUACGAAGUGCACAGCCAACUGGAAACCAAAUACAGAUUCAGCAAACUGGAAACCAAAUGAAACAAAAUCCUAGUAUGCAACCGAAUAUUACGAUCAAUCCAGUCCAACUUCAGUCAACCGGCAAUCAGAAUAUUCAACAACGGCAAAAUGUUGGUGCACAAUCGAAUAAACCUACUAGCUAUGUUCAAACACAAACAAGCAUAGGAACUAAUAGUAAUCAAAAACAUAACAUCAGUUUACAACCACAUAUGACAGGAGGUUCGAUGCAAAUUAUACCAAGUUCCAAUCAAAAUAUACAACAAAGGCAAAAUACGAAUGUGCAAUUGCAAUCAGCUCAAACAAACCACAUCCAACUGCAGCCUAAUCAAGUUCAGAAUGUCCAACAAAAGACAAAUAUGCCUGUUUCAGCAAAUAAUAGCAACCAAAAUCAAUUUUAUCAGCAAAAACAAAUAUACUCACAGACUCCAAUAGUCAACAAUCAAGGACAAAUGACCAUUACUCAGUUCACGCAACAAGCACAAUCACAUUCACAAGCAAAUCGAAUGGGGGUUCAAAAUAAUGUGACCCAAACAUACAGUCCUGUAUCAAACCAAAACAUGAAUCAGCAAACAUUGACGCAAAGACAAAAUGUGACGUCAACAAAUACACAGACAAUUCAAAAGAUGACCCAACAGCAGCCGCGUACGAUGGUGAGACCACCUCAACCGAUGGAAGUGUCAAAUGUGUACAAUUUUAUUCCGUCCACUAGUAAUGUAAUUAAUCAAACAAGACCUCAUAGUAAUGCUAAAGUGGGAAUACCACAACAGAAUAAUCAAAACAGUUACAGCGCAAAACCGACUAUGCCUCAAAACAUAGUUCCUCAGAUUCGACCUCGUCCAGUACCAAAUCAUGCUCCACCUAUGAAAGUGCCCCCGUCGCAUCAGCAAGUAAGAAACAUACCGCAAUUACGACCAAUGGGCACUUCACCUUCUUUAAUGCAAAUACAUAAUAUGACAUCGAGUCCAAACAUAAAUACGGUAACACCAAGAAUGAUGUCUAAUAGCCAAAGUAAUGCAAGCAAAACUGUUACCACUGCAUCAGUCUCUACAGAAACAGUUAAAGUGAAAAUGAAUCCUGAAACUGCUGAGAAUAGAAAACGAAAAAGUGAGUCACCUGACGAAUUCCGUAAUAAAGUAUCUGUGAAUGCGGCAAGUCAAGUGACCUUUAAUAAAAGUGGAGAAAAUGUUAAACAAAAUGAAGUAAAGAAAACAGUAACUGACGUUGGUAUAAAUACUUUAGCAGGAAGUUCUAAAAAUAGCAACCAGUUAGCAAAACCUCAAACGUUUGCUCAAGCAUCCGGCAGUCAACCGACUCAAAGCAGAACUGACACCGGCACUACUGAUGUUGACAUGAAAACAGUUGUUAGUAAUGAAAAGGUUAGUCCAGAUAAAUUAGUCAGAAAUACUGUUUUUGCUCAAGCUAGAACAAGAAAGAUUAGCAAUAGUUCAAACGAAAACAAAAACAUGGAUACUUUGGCCACAAAAGAAAUUGUUGCAAGUGAAACUAAAGGGCCAAUGAAGGCAUCAGCAGCUAUGAAAAUGGAAGUAGUAGAAUCAGAAACAGUUAAAAAAGGAGAAAUAUCAGAACAAAAGAAUGAAAAUACAAUGGCAAGUUUAGAACAUAGUCCAGUAAAAACAGAAACAAACAUUAAAACAGAAGUUUCAUCUAUGAAAGGUGAUAAAUUUGAGCCUAAUGCCAAAGUUGAGUCAAAGACUGAAGUAGUUACCGAAAAGAGUGAUGAAGAAAAAAUCCAAAGGAUAACAGACUUCAUUGGAAAAGAAAUAGAACUUUCCCACGGCAAUAUCCGCAAAAGAGAUGGAAAUGAGGGAAAUUAUAUUUUAACACAUGUUUUGGACGGCAUAGUCAUCCAAGAGUCGAAUAUAGCAUUCCCAAUACGACUACCUCUGAAGGAAAAAAUACUGCCAAACACGCCAGUAGUAAAACCAGACGUAGCAAAGACUGAAGUUAAGGAAGAAGACGAUGUCAAAACCGAGUCAAAGAGUAAUGAAAAUAAUAUUUUAACUAUUUCACAGUUGAAUCUGGAAAAUAGUAAGAAAGAACCCGUGACCACCGAGACAGAAGAAAAAACGGAAGAAGAUGACAAUCCAUUAAAAAAUUCAACACCAGAAACUAUUAAAACAUGGACGGCAGAGGAGUUGGCAACACUUUUAACAAAAAGAGGAUGGCACGAAACUGCACAUAUUUUGCAGGAGAACGAAAUCGAUGGUGAAGCCCUUUUCUUGGUAUCGAACGCUCAACUUUUAGACAUAGGAGUAAAUGAGAGUCACGCGCUAGCAUUGAGUAGCUUAGUAAAAAAAUGAAAGUAAACAAAGUUAAUUUAAGUUUUAUGUAAAUUUAAGUAGAUCCGAACCGUGUUCAUGUAGAUAAGUACCAUAUAAGUGCGUAUACAUAAGUAUAAUUAUUUUUGUAAAUGUCAUUUUAUUUUUACGAUAAAAACAAUUGUAACAUAAUUUUAUAAUAUUAUACCUAAAGAAAUAUUA